AUGGAGAAGGUGAACAUCGAACCUUGUGUGAAGAUGGACACCCAAACCCUUGACCUUCUCAAGAUAAGAGAUGAUGUCACAUGGUACAUAAGGAAGCUAGGCUUGAGCAAGCUCUUCAAGCUAGAGUGUAGUGAGUACUCACAACUCACCAAGGAGUUCCUCUCCACAGUAGCUCUUGCCUUUCCCAACCACAAUGGAGACCAACCAGCUGGUGAUGGACUCCUACUCUUCAAGAUAGGCGAUGCCAAUGGGCGCAUCUCCAUCUCAGCUCUAUGCCAACUCUUUGGACUUCCCAAUGAGACAGCACAUGACUUCAAGGAGAACUCAAAGAGGAAACAAGCUGCCUUUGCUGAUUGGACACACUUUGCCAAUGAACCAUUCUUGCCUUCAAGAUCAAAGGUGUCUAGAAUCACUCAUCCAGCCAUUCGCUAUGUGCACCGCCUCAUCUCCACCACUUUCCAAUGCAAACAAGAAGCCAACAAGGUCACAACUGAUGAGUUCUACAUCCUCACCACACCAUUCAUCAAGCAUGAGUACAAGGCCAACCUUGGACUUUUACUUGCCAAGACAUUCAUCAAUGUGAGGAAGCUAGCUCAAGACUUGGAAGGCAACAAGAAGCUUUGUGUUCGUUUUGGGAGGCUUAUCACGGCCAUAGUGCAACAUGUGGGGAUUGACAUUCCCAACUAUGAGCCACUACCCAAGCCAACCCCUUUGGAUCUCCAUGCUCUUCAGCACAUCCACUUCCUAAACCGUUGGACUAAAGACCCAACUCGGUUUUGCUAUGAGUUUCCAAUUGGUCCAGCCAACACUUCCCUUGUCUUGCUGCCACAUGAGACAUCCCAAGCCUACGCUCAGGUGUUGUCACUUUCCAGCCCAAGGAGGAAGACUUCUAUGUUCCAUCAAGUGAGAAACCAUCAUUCCCCAUGCUCACCUAUCGCACACUUCAGCAUGCAGUCAAGACUCAACGCCGCCACCAAGAACGCCAUGUUCUCACUACUGGCAUGGCCGCGACCAAGCUCUAGACCGUGUUAA